UUCCAAUGUAUGGUAACUCUUAAUCUCCAGGAAGCCUGCAUUGAUGCUCUGUUUGUUAGCCACUAAGCUUGAAAUGUAGAAGAUGAGACCUUUGUGCGACUGACUAGUGGUUGAUGGAUAUAUCAGUGAAAAAUGCACGAUACAUUUCCUGUGAGGAGUCAGACCAGAUACCUGGCUGGAUGGAUGUAGUUAUCAUGUGUCUGCCAUUCAAAGGGUACAGCUUCAAAUAUUGCCACUUUAAUGCUGACACAAUAUGAGUCAUUCUGAUGCCAGGAACUCCGAAACAUGCAAGUCUCUGUUGUAUUUUUGGGGUAUUCCCAACAUCUUUCAACAUAACAUCAUCAGUUCCAAGUUUCUUAUGUUCUCAAGAACAAGCCUUGCCGGCAAUAAGUCAAUGGUCAGAUUGAAUCGAUUUUCUCAGUGAAUGUUCAGCAGCUGGUAUCAUGCCCAUUGGAUACUACCUUAGAAGGUACGUGAGUUGGUGUAGCUGUACUACUCUACCAAUCAGCGAGACAGACUCAGAGCUCUCUUUCGGUGACCCGGUUCUACUGCUACAAGACUGGUGCGUGAUCAAUUUAUCCGCGGAGUGUUCACCAGUCAUAGACGUGCAUGGCUCUGCUGAAGUCCACAGUUUGGAUGAUCACCGAUCUGACACCACCAGUAACCCUGAAAUUAUUCUGACUGGAACGGAUGCAUCGGUUGAAUAUCUGUAUGCAAAACCUCUGAAUCAAACUAGCAACUUGAGAGAGAGGACGCUUGAGGAUGCAAGCUCCUCAAGGUCAAGGCAACAUCGAAGGGAACCCGACCGUGGGGUUAACGAAAUGGGCAGUAGGACUUGGUCAAGAAAAAAUGCAACCACAUUUAAGCCACCGGAAGAGGAAUUCUUGUCGAGGGAACAGAUCUACAGGUUGUAUGGUGUUCGAGGAGAUGACGUAUCAUUGGCAGAGCAGGGUAUGACUCGAGGAAGUACAGGUUCCUUGGAGUACCACGAUGAUCCAGAAGAAAUCCGGGAGGAAGGCGGGGACGAGGCCUAUCUUGUGACUGCCGGAGAACCUGAACCUGUGCCUGAGGAUGUUCUCAACUAUCAGGAGUCUGCCCCCACCAUUGGACAGCUGGAGGUGAUCUUCGACUACAACGGAGACGGUAACCGAAUGAACAUCACCAUCAUCAAGGGCCUUGGGCUGCCUACCAAGGAGAAUGGGGGCGCUUCGGCGUGGAGGUUGCGCAUCAUGCUCUAUCCCAAGAAGCAACGCACCAAGACCCGAAUCCGAGAGAGCGAGGAGCCCGUCUUCAAGGAGCUUUUCCGGUUCACCCGCAUCCGACCCCAUGAGCUGGUCAACUCGGCCAUCCGCUUCAGGCUGUACGGUGCCGAGAGAAUGCGCAAGGAGAGACUGAUCGGCGAGGGCCUCGUCAAGUUCUCAUCCCUCAACACCUCCUCAAAGGAGAGCGUCAUAGUCAACUUAGUCUCGAGAAGUGAAGCUGUGGGAGGUGGCACAGCAUCCCCUUAUUCCAGUAAUUCAGACCUAUCAGCCAGCGGGGAGAGUAACGCUUCGCUACAGUCUCUCGCUCACGGUGGACUACCUGAACUUCUGGUUGGAUUGACUUACAACGCCACCACGGGGCGUCUCGCUGUCGAGCUGAUCAAGGGAAGUCACUUUAAGCAACAUGCAGCAGGCAGGGCACCAGAUUCCUAUGUACGCAUUGCAUUGAUGUCUUCAAGUGGCUUUGAAAUGACGAAGAGUAAGACAUCGGUCCGACGUGGUCAACCCAACCCUACCUUCAAAGAAACAUUCAUCUUCCAGGUUGCACAAUUCCAACUUGCUGAUGUGACCCUGAUGUUCAGCGUCUUCAACAAGCGCGGCAUGAAGCGAAAGGAGACCAUCGGCUGGUUCACCAUGGGUCUUAGCAACAGUAGCGAUGAAGAGACGGCCCACUGGAAAGAGAUGAGAGAGUCUAAGGGCCACCAAGUCUGCAGAUGGCAUGCCAUGUCGGACAAGUAGGCGCCAACUCGUAGAAGGAGUAAAGCCCGUUUCAUACUUCCUGUGAAUGCAAUGUAAAUUUUGACGUCACAAAUUCGUAAAAGGAGUAAUUCGCACUCCUGCCCUGCGAAACAUUCACUGCGAAAACAGCCAUGCGACGUCAAAUUUAAUACUCGCAUUUGUAGGAAGUGUGAACCAGGCUUAAGAAAGUGUCAUGCCAAGAAUAAUACAUCGUCCAUGAUGUGCAUUGAGUUUAACAAGCGAGAGACUCUUCCUUGUGGCCUACUAAUAUAUAAGUACUAACCAUAAGCGGUUGCUUGAUUAAUGUUUCAUUCCUCACCUAGCUUGAGUGGGGUUUAGUUUAAAAAUUUCAGAACUUUAUCAAAAAUUCCAUAUGAAUGACACUAACUGCAACACCAAUUAGUUUUACUAACAAACUGAUAUAAUAUUAUUGUUAAUAUUAUUGUUAAUGUUUUCAUAGAUUAAGGGGAAAUUAAGGGAUACUAACUGGAAAAAAGAAGAGUUUAUAAGAUGUAUUCAUUUAGUCAUUCCAUGUCAAGUAGGGCUUUGGUGUUGAGAUCAUUCGAUUCCUAAUCUUAAUGUUUUCAGAAACGAUGUUCGAGACGUUGCAUGGUAUUAAUCAUAAUAAAAACUAUAGUAGUAAAUUUGCGGUUACCACCAUGUCUUGAAGAAAUAUAUUUUGUUUAUCAAGCUCUACCACAUCAUUAAUUCAAGCCUUUGAGAAAGACUCUGCUAGGGUCGAAGCGUCGGGCCAUUUACUAAUUUUUUCUUAAAAUAUUAGUCGAGCGGGUUGCCACAAGCAGUUUAUUUAGACUAAAAAUAAGCAAGUGCUUGAUGUAAAAUACUGAAAUUAUUAUGAAGAAUGCCAUAAUGUACACUUAAAAGUAAUUUAUGAAGGUUGUCUUACCAAAAAGUUUAAUUAGAUCAGGAUUAAUUUGUGAUAUACUAAUAAUGCCUUCUAAUUUUGCAUGGGAAGUGGCUAGAGAUGCAAGUUAUAAGUCAAUCAAUCCUUCUCACUGACGUCACAUAAACACUGGAGGUUUGCUUUGCUGGAGCAUUAUGCAAGUUGUUGCAUUUUGUAGCACAUGUUCGCGCAGUUCUAGUUGCAUGUAUGCAUGAUCUACUUAUGUUAGUGCUCCAGCAUGGCAAGUGAUAAAAUAGAGAUGUCAUCUGAUAAGGAUUUUUUGUUGUAUUCUGCAGGGAGAGUGAGAAAAAUAGUAAAUUUUUUUAAACAUUAUUUUAUGUUUUUUUUGUCUUCAUCCUGUUGAAAAAUAUUGCUACAUGAUAUGCGUCACCCAUUUAACUUCAAAAUAAAUUACGUAUUAUAUCAGAAUUGUCAUUUUUAGCUAGACUACUUAUAUUAUAUAUACAAGUAAACCAUCAGUUAAAUGCAUUCAAACUUAAUGCAUGGUAAAAUUUCAGCCUAGUUUGGGUGUUUUUCUGUUAAAAACUUCAGAGACUUUUCUUUCCUUAUAAAGUGUUGCCGAAUGACAAUUGUGGCUAACUUUUGCUUACUGAACCAGUUUGUUUCUUGUAAAAAUGUGAAGAAAUACCACAACAACAACAGACCUUUGUUUCAUUUUAGACCGAUAUACUGAUGAAAUCAUGAUAAUUGUCAGUCACAACUUUACCUAUCAUUUGACUUUUCAUUUUGACUCGGUCAAAAAUUCUAUGACCUCUGAAGUAUUACGAAAAAGCGCUAAUAAGAACAAUGCCUCAUGUCUUCCUAAAAAAAAACAGUUUAUAUAUUCUAUUUUUCUAGUGCUUCAUAACCCUAUUAAGCUCUUUCAGAGUCUUUAACUGGUUCAGUGACUAGCCAGCAGGACCAGUUAGCUGGACUCCCUGGACAUUUCACUAGUCCACCUCCUUUUUCACGAGUCUAUAUUCCAUAUGAAAUAUGGAUGCUUUUCAACACUGAACUAGGCAGCUGGGACUACUUAGAGUGAAUUUUUGCUGGUCCUCUGGUGUUUUUAUGUGCAUUUGGCCGGCGGAGCAAUGUUAAAGGAGAACACUUUGUGUUGCUAUUCGUCUUUGUGCAUGAUAUCUGUAAUACUUCUACUAAGGUUGAAGAAAUUUUCCAUAAAACUAUAAUAUUAUUAUCAAAUACAGUCAUAUAUUUCUUCAAAAUAACUUUCUUUCAUGAGCUUAAUUAAUCUGAAGUUGAUCUUUUCAACAAUUAACUGCUUUUAGUAGUUUUCUUCAAUCCAUUGUUACCAUAAGGUUUUACCGCGAUUCAAAACCACAAUGCAUUACGAGUAGGCAGAUGGGGCAUUUGCUACCGCGGUAUAUGUUGUCAUGCACGACGUGCGCACGCAUGGCUUAUAUCUUUGUGUGGGUUCAACAGCUCCCUCUCUUGAUAUUUUGCUAUUCGCUAUAAACAUUAUAAAUGAAAUCUAGCUUUUUUUAAAUAACCUCUUUCAAUACAAUUUUUUGGAAAACAAUCGGUUGUAUUCUUCUCUUGGCUUAUCUACCUGACCUUAGAACAAACGGGUUUCGAGAAGAUAACAUAUUGAUUAUUGAGCACUUUGGUCUCACCAUUUGAACACUUGAUUGAUCAGUGAUUUGUUUUUUUGUUUUUGUUUUUUUCACAAGUGAACACAUCCAGAGAGAAAGUUCACUUGCAAACUGCAGAUUUCUCAACAUGUAAAAAGGGUUUCCUCACUUCUAUUUUUUGGUAUAGCUUUCAGCUUUUAUUUUUGGUACUGUAUAAUUAAGUUCUAGUUUUGGAGUACUAAGAUGCAUUAGUGGGUCCCUUACCAGCUAUGCGAUUCUGCAAUAAUACUAAACAACCAAUUUCUUUUGUAAUAUAUUUUGUAUAAAUGGUUUUUUUCUGUUGAUGAAUCGGUUUGGGUAAUUCUAACUUGUACAUGUAUGUGCUUAUAUAACACUUAUGUGGUCUUUGUAGACACACAGUAGCGGGUCCUUUUGGUGUAGAUAUUCAUUUUUUGACAUUAACUUAUUCCAUGUAUACAUUAUUUUGUCAUUGUGCACAGAGGAUGUGCAAAGCUGUAGUAAUGUGGAUUAUUAACAAGAAUGAAAAACAAA